GGAUGGAGAGGAAGGCUCACAGUCCUUGCUCUAUAAAUGGUGCUAUCUGCCUCUGCUCUGAGUGGGAGACAGUGGCCCAAGCAGCCUGAGGCUCUGAGUGUGGGAGAAGCAGCUGAAGCCAGAGCCAUGCGGCUGUACUUUCUGGCCCUCACCCUCAUCUUAAUGGCAAUUUCUGGCAUCAUAUGCAAUAUCACAGAAUUUUGUGUUGGAAGUCCCGGUAUUCCUGGAACUCCUGGAUCCCAUGGUUUGCCUGGUAGAGAUGGGAGAGAUGGUGUGAAAGGAGACCCUGGACCCCCAGGCCCCAUGGGUCCCCCUGGAGGAAUGCCAGGGUUCCCCGGGUGUAAUGGGAUGAGUGGACUGCCUGGUGUCCCUGGAGAACGUGGAGACAAAGGGGACCCUGGUGAGAGGGGCCCUCCAGGGCUUCCAGCUUCUCUGGAUGAGAAAAUCCAGACCAUUCUCCAAGACCUUACACAUAAAAUCCUGCAGUCAACAGCAGUUCUCCGUUUGCAGGGAUCCAUGUUGGCAGUGGGGGACAAGGUCUUCGCUACUAAUGGACAGUCAGCAGACUUUAAUGCCAUUAAGGAGACUUGUGCCAGAGCCGGUGGUGACAUUGCUGCCCCUAGGAGUCCAGAGGAGAAUGCAGCCAUUGCCAGCAUCGUGAAGAAGUAUAACGUCUAUGCAUACUUGGGCCUGACAGAGGGCCACACCCCUGGGGACUUCUACUACUUGGAUGGGGCCCCUAUAAACUACACCAACUGGUACCCAGGGGAACCCAGGGGUCGAGGCAAUGAGAAAUGUGUGGAGAUAUACUCAGAUGGGACAUGGAAUGACAGGAACUGCCUGCAGUACCGCCUGAGCAUCUGUGAGUUCUAAGCAGGCCCUGAGGCCAAAAGACAGGUCAAAUCACCUUGCCUUCCAUUCUCCACCCUGACAGUCCAGUUGGUGUAUGAGGUGCUGAAAUUCCUUCCCAACUAAAUUGAUUUAUGGCUACUACAGCCAGCUGUGUCCUUAGUCCCUUGAUGCCUUAGAUGGGCUGACUGCCUCACACUCAGCAAUCCAUCCUGAUGCUCCCUUGGAAUUCUGACGCAGUAGGUGGGGCCACUCCCAAUCUUGGCCUUCUAUGUAGGGCAGAGACCCCCCUUCUUCCUCAUCUUGUCUGGCUCCUUCAUUUAUAGAUGGUAACAGUGAGGUCCCAGGAUGGAAGGACCCUCUAAAAUUGCACACAGAACAUCUUCCUCUAUCAUGUCCCAUCACAAUUUAGCAGUCCUGGUUAAACAUAAUAGUAGAAUAGGAAGACUUCCGGAAAAGCCCAAAUGUGAAGUCUGAAGGACACGGGAUGUCUGGGGAUGACUUAGUCUCUGGGAAGGUGGGGAGCCAGGUGGUGCCCAGCACAGUGAUGAGGGGAUACAACCCUAGUACUUGGCAAGUAUGAUCCACUCCCUUGAGUUUUAGGGUAAAAGUUCCUCCACUUCAGCAUAGGGCUGUAGGAAGAAUCUCUUCUACCCCAGACCCGAGCCAACAAACUUCCUGCUGACAUCCACAUCCCUGCCCACUUCAGACAUCAGUUAGGCAUUCACCCCACCAACCGCACCAUGGCCUCUUUUCUUGUCUAUUGUUAAUUCAUUUACUCAGCUAUUUCAUUAAAAUCAUCUGAGUGCCAGGUUUUAGACUGUGUCUCAGUGUGGGUACCUUGUGCCUUUGGGAAUUUUGUUUUCUCUGGGCUUAUUUGUGCAUUUUUGAAAUUGAAAUCAGAUUCUUGUUACUGUCAAAAUAUUAACAUCAUUCUGAGAACAAACAUUACUACAGCCACUAGUGCUGCUGCGGAGUCUGUUCCUUGAGCACAUGCUGUAUGUUGAGCACCUUGACAAGCACCUUGAGUGUUUCUUAAUAAAUAUCAUUUACUCUCCCAGA